AUGGCGAACGGCCCCGCCGGGAUCCCGCUCCUUCCCGCGCGACGGAAGGACGCGGUCUCGAAUCGACGCCGCGAUUCGACGACGACGACGACGACGCGCGGACGCGGACGCGACGACGACGACGCGGACGACGACGAGCCGUGGUCGCCGGAGAAGGGCGACUCCGACGCCGCGAAGGCGCUCGCGUACGCGAGAUCCGUCCGCGGCGGCGGCGGCGACGACGGCGGCGACGACGGCGACGACGCGACGCGCGCGGACGACGCGGGAGGCGGGCACGCGCCCUCCUCGGAUCGCGAUCUCACGAGCGCGGGCGUCGUCGGCGCGGCGACCGCGGCGGCGACCGCGACCGAGAGCGCCGAGCCGACCGAGCGCGCGUUCGAGCAGUCCACGCCGAAAAACUUCGAGGAGCUGCACGCCAAGGCGAACCGCUUCUUCGCGCUGAACCAGGACGAGAGCGACGCCGUCGACGGCGGGCCGCUCGCGGUGGGCGCGAACGAGCGCAUGCGCGUGCUGUGCGACAAGUUCCCGAAGCUGGCGGAGACUGUUCGCAAGUCCGCCGCGCUCCAGGAAAUACUAGCCACGCCCGGCGCGCUGGGCGCGUUCCUGAAGGCGGCGACGAACCACAACGGUCGCGGCGUGGACGACAUCAUCAUGAACGCGCGGUACCGCGAGAUCAUCGAGAGCGCGGGGUCGCCGGAGCGCCUGUGGACGGAGAUGGACGCGUUGCGAGAGAUUCGCGACGAGCUUGAAAAAUUCGCAGCCGGUCCCGCGUGGACGCCCGGGUGCGCGCCGCUGCCGACGGAGCCGACCGCGGGCGAGUCGUCGCAGUAUCUGUCCGACGUGACGCACGAGCAGUGGUCGGAGGGCGGGUCGUGGCAGAUGCACGCGAGGGCGUACGCGAACCGAAUGGACGUGAUGUUGCCGUUCGGCGUACUCGGCGCCGCCGCGGCGUGGGCGUAUUUUUUACCCGUGUGGAUCUGGGUGUGGCCGUGGCUGCUGCUCGCCGCGGCCGCGUCGCAGUUCCCGAUACGGAACCUCGCGGAGCCGGGGUUGCAGAGGAAAGGCGACGUCGGCGGGUUGGGGUCGUUCGCGCUGAUACAGGCGAUGAUCUUUUACUCCCUCGUGCAGUUCGCGUUCGUCUACGUCCCGAUUUUUUGGUGGCGAUAUCCGACGGCGUGCCUCGUCGAGCUGAUUUGUUUCGUGGCGACCCCGGGCUUAUUCAUCGCGUGCCUCGUGUUAGGACCCGGGUACAUCGCGACCGCGACGGACGACCGCGAGGAGUGGGUGCGAUGCAUGCGACGCGUCUCGAGGGCGGCGCGGAUGAUGGACAAGCUGAAGAGGGACGAGGAGUCGAUGCAGGGCGACGUGGAGGGGGACGAAAACGCACCCGAGGACACGAUGGGAAAACUCAUGCACGUCGGGAAGUUUUGCGAGUCGUGCCACGCCGCGCGGCCGCUGCGGUCGAAGCACUGCCGCGUCUGCAAGCGGUGCGUGUCGAGGAUGGAUCACCACUGCCCGGUCGUCGGCACGUGCGUCGGCGCGAGGAACCAGCGGCAGUUCUUCCUGGGGCUGAUCACGAUGAACGUCGGCCAGGCGAUUUUCCUAUUCAUAUCGUGGAAGUUUCUUCACGGCGUGUGGCACGGCGAGACGGACGGGUACGGCGCCGCGCUGUUGGUCGAGGAAGGCGGCGGGCUCGGCGGGCUCCCGAGGCCCGCGAGCGACGGGAUCAGAGGGCCGUGGGCGGCGUUCUCCGGCUUUGGCCCGUGGUUCCACGGGCUCGGGAACGUGGUCUCGAAGUGUCCGUGGGCGCUCGCGCUGUUCCUGGCGCAAGUCCCCGGGAUCGCGUACGAUUUCACGCUCGCGUGCCGGAUGUUCUUCGCCGUCGUGGGGAACAUGACGGUGAACGAGUUCGAGAACGCGCACCGGUACGAGCACAUGCUCUCCGCGGAGACGGACGUGGACAAGCGCGGGAACCGAAAGUUUUUUAACCGGUUCGACCGCGGGUGGGCGAUCAACUGGUUCGAGUUUUGGAGCGGGACGCAAGGGAAGAUCGACUGGGACGCGAUGUGCUACGCGGUCGACGCCGGGGAGGUGAACGGGCCGCCGCGGUGGAGCUACACGCACCUGCAUUCGAAAUCGCGACUCCCGCGGUGGCUGAAACCGUAUUGCUGUCAGUGGCACCGAUCGCACAACGCCAACCCUGGUCACGGGCACUCGCACGGGGGCAAGCCGUGCGAGGCGCACCACGGCGGCGGGGACUCCGCGAACAAAACGAUAGAUCCCGCGGACGUCGGCCUGCACUCGCACUCGCACGGCGGGAAGGAGUGCCACGCGGACCACGGCGCGGCGUCGGAGAAGCCGAAGAACCAGGCUGAGCUCGACGAUCGCUUGCGACGCAUCGUCGGCGCCCCGCGCGGCGGGAACGCGCCCGCGGCGGACGCCGGCCACGGCAGCGGCAACGGUCACGGCCACGGCCACGGCGCGCAGCCGCCGCAGGUGACCCCGGAGGAGAUGAUCGCGCGUCAGCGGGCGCAGAUGGAGGCGAUGAUGCAGCGGCACGAGGCGCAGCUGGCGGCGACGGCGGCGGAGAACGGGAUGACCGUCGACCAGCUCAAGGCGGAGAUGCGCGCGAACCAAGAGGCGGCGCAGCAGGACGCGAUGCAGAAGAUGGCGGAGCGAAACGGGAUGACGGUGGAGCAGCUGCGGGAGGCGCAGGAGAAGCAGCAGCUGGAGAUGAUGCGGCAGCACGCGGCGCGGAACGGCAUGACCCUCGAGGAGUUUAAGGCGGCGCAGGAGAAGCAGAUCGCGGCGGCCGCCGCCGCGGAGGGCGUCACCGUCGAGCGGUUCAAGGAGCUCGUGCAGGAGAGGCAGAUGGCGCAGCGGCAGAUGAUGGCGGAGAUGCAGCAGCAGCGCGCGGCGCAGAUGCUCGCGAUGAAGGCGAAGUACUCGCAAGCGUGA